GAGAGAGAGAGAGAGAGAGAGAGAGAGAGAGAGAGAGAGGUGUGGGGGGCACUGCAGAGCACACACCCAAACUCACUGUACAUUCACAGGGAACACAAGAGAGUGUGUGUGUGUGUGUGUGUGUGUGUGUAUGUGUGUGUGUGUGUUUGAAAGAGAUGGGGUGAACCUGCUGAGUCAGUUAAAUUGUAGAAUGGUCAGAGAGAGAGAGAGAGAGAGAGAGAGAGAGAGAGGUGGAGAGAGGGAGUAACUGCAGCAGAGGAAAGGAAAUAUAAUGAUGUUGAGUGUGAGUGAGUGUGAGUGAGGGUGAUGUAGCGCUGUGUGAAUCAGAACAGUUCAGGUGUUCAGAGUGAGCAGGUAGAUCUCAGGUGUGAGAGAUGGACAGAGAAAGACUUUUACAUCUCAGGAAUAAGGAGGAUGUAGUAAAGUUGCCAGCUUUGGAAAGAGUGGCCGUGUGUGGUGGUACCCAUGGCAACGAGCUGUCGGGGGUUUACCUGGUGCAGGAGAGGCUGAAGAAGAGGAGGAAGAGUGAGGUGAUGGAGCCGGUUACCGUGGUAACAGUGAUGUCAAACCCACGUGCCGUGCACCGGUGCGUCCGAUACACAGAGACAGACCUGAACCGCUGCUUCACGGACGCCAUGCUGAGUUUCUCAGUGUCGGAUCAGACUCCGUUUGAGAUCAUUCGAGCUCAGGAGUUGAACAGUCAGCUCGGUCCUAAAGGAUCAGAUCAGGCUACAGAUCUGAUCUGUGAUCUACACAACACCACCGCCAACAUGGGCCUGUGCCUCAUCACUUACUCCGACUGCGACUGGAUCUGCCUGCACAUCUGCAAACACCUGCAGAGGGAGAUGGCCACUAUUCCGGUGAGAUAUAUUCACUAUGAUUUCCCGCCGGCUGAAGCGUACUCUCUGGACUCUGUGGGGAAACACGGAUUUGCGAUGGAGAUCGGACCGCAGCCUCACGGUCUGAUCAGAUCCAACAUCUUCACUGCCAUGCAGGAGGCGGUUCAGCUGAUGCUGGACUGGGUUCGCCUCUUUAACUCAGGCUCUGAGUUUGAGGGAGGUUGGGUGGAUGUUUACAGUCUGGUGAAGAAUAUCGAUUAUCCUCGAGAUCCUCAGACUCACAUCAUCACUGCUGCAGUUCAUCCAGACCUGCAGGACAGGGAUUUUUGUCUUCUUCAUCCGGGGGAUGCGAUGUUUCUGUCAUUCUCUGGAGAGAGUGUGAGGUAUAAAGGGAAAGAGCCGCUCUAUCCCUUCUUCAUAAACGAGUCUUCCUACUAUGAGAAGGGUGUCGCUCUCUUUCUGGCCCGGAGGAGAAGAGUGGAGAUUCCAUCCAUCCAGUCCAGCAGAACGUGAGAGAAGAGAGAGAAGAGAGGGAUGAAGAAGAAACGUAGAGGAAAAAAGAUAGACAGAAAGGUCACGUUCAGUAGAGCUGAAGAAACUGGUGCUAAUCAGGCCAGGUUACAGUGAGUGAGUGCAGUGCUCAGCACUCCUGUUCAUUUAAUAACAGAUCAUCCAGAACACUAGAGGGAGCUCCAGCCCUCACUGAACACGAGCAACCUGAGCUAAAUGCUAAAGAUGCUAAUUUAACAUGUGAA